AUGACACGUUGCAUGAAAGUGUUACAAACACAAGAGCAGUAUACAUUCAUAUACGAGGCUUUAGUAGAAGCCAUACAGUACGAAGACACCUCCGUACCUCUGGAAAAGAUUGGAAUGUACCUGAAAGAACUGAACCACAUGAGUACGUUAGAUCAAAGAGCAUUGAUUCUGAAGCAAUACAAUAAACUAAAUAGAGGACAAAAGAAAGUGGAUGCAAAUAGAUGUUCGGUUGCUCUCUCGGAAGUCAACAUUUUCAAGAACAGAGAUCCUCUAACCGUACCUGAGGAUGCAGCAUGUGUGAAAGUUUACGUGGAUGACAGAAAUGAAGAUCACAUCGGCUAUAUAAAUGCAGUGUUUGUUGACGGAUACAGAAAAAAGGGAGCUUACAUAGUCACGCAGAUGCCUAUGACUCAUACGACAGAAGAUUUCUGGAGGAUGAUUUACCAAUACAGAUCUUCGUUCAUUGUUAUGUUGAACGGCUCCGAUGAAACAGACGAUCUGAAUGUAGGAAUAUAUUGGCCAGAACUUGGGGGAUGCAGUUAUGGAGAAUUUGAAGUUGACGUAAUCACAUACGAAGAGCACGAAGAUUUUAUUAUACGCAUCAUGAGACUCACGAAUUCUUUACAGAUGAAUGAGGAGCCACAUGAGGUUAUCCAGUUUCAAUACAAAGCUUGGUCUUCCGAAAUGAAACCGGCCUCUAUGCUUAAACUCCUUCGCAACACCGAUUUGUGGUAUCAUAAAUCCGCCGGCGGACCGAUUACUGUUCAUUGCAUGGAUGGAGCGACCAGGAGUGGGUUGUUCAUAGCGGCCUGUUUCAUCAGAGACCAAAUUAAUUCAGAGGAAGUUUUGGAUACUUUUCAAGUCGUCAAAAGCAUUCGCUUGAACAGACCGGAAUUUAUUCCAAACUCAGAUCAGUAUCGAUUUUUGUUCGAAGUUGCACAAGAGUUAGCAGAUCCGGUCAUUCAUCGGUACGAGGAGCUGAAUCAACCGUCAAAGAAACUCUCUUUCAAGAUCUGAACUCGUAGUGUAUAGUGAACGCUUAUGUUAUUUAGUAUUUUACUACCGGUGGGCAAAGUGAUGCUACUAUUGAUUUCUGCAAAAACGCAGGUGUAUUGUAAAAAUGAUUUUCUAAGUAACUGGGAAUAUAUUUUGACAAUGUUUUUCUUUGUAUACCUAUGCAUAUUUUCUACGUCUGCAAAUUCUGAUAAUUAUUAAAAUAAAUGAAGGUGCACUAAAUAUUUAACUAAACUAUUUAUCUUUGAACUCCUAUGUCACAGUCUUUAGAAAAUGCACAAGCGCAUACUUUCUCGCUCUGAAAUCGCAAGUCACAAUUUCCUGUUUUUAGAAUCUGUACAGGCAUAUUCUUUGACUAAAGAAAAUUUUAGUUUGUAAUGAUAAAUUUAGGUGAAAGUGCAUUUAGUCUAGGAUGAUAAAACGAAACGUUAAAUACUUAUUUGACGAACCACAAUUUAUAAUCAGUUUUCAGAAAAAUAGAUUUAUUUGUUUUACUUCUCUUUUCUCCUGACGGUAGAUUGUAAUCUAUUUAUGACUUACAAAAAUUUAUUAGGCUAAUCUUUGGAAUAUGGUAACAGGUAGUUUGGCGACAUUUUGGUAAGGCGAUAAAGGUUACUAGCUAGGACUUUAGCAGUGUACAUGGAUAAAGUGAAGAGUGU